AUGACCGAUAUUGAGGAACUCUCAACAGAUUCUCAAGAACAACAAGCAGACAACAUCGAAGUUGAGGCAUCCAAUCAAUCUAAAAUUGAUGUUGAUGGUACACCAAUGAAUUUACCAGAAGAUGGACAAAACAAGAAGACAGAAACAGAUGAAGACGGAAAUCCACAUGUUGAAGAAGAGGAUCUUGAUGAUGAGAAUCCUCAUAAGUCCAAGUUUGACGAACCAGGACGUGUCAGAAGAUUUACAACAGUAUUAAACCUACUGAACAGUUUACUUGGUGCAGGUAUCCUUGGUGUACCAUAUGCCAUGAAAUACAUCGGUUUAAUACCUUCAGUUAUCCUUCUUGCCCUUAUUGGAGUCCUAUCUGAUGUAGCCACUGUUCUUACAGUGAAAUUGCAAGCAAGAACAGGCGCAUCAGGACUUGAUGACCUUGCAUAUAAGACAUUUGGCCGUGCUGGAUCCAUUAUCCUUUCCAUUCUUUCAAUGUUAUUCCUUUACUCCGCUGAGAUCUCUUAUCUGAUCAUCGGUUCAGAUUCCAUCAUGUCAUGGCUCAGAUUAGCAGGCCUCGAUAUCAGAUCAGGCUGGAAACGCGCUGUAACACUCUUACUUUUCUGGAUCUGCAUCCCAGGCGCUUUGACCAUUCCGAAGGACAUCAAAUUCAUCAGCUACACAUCAUAUGCUAACUUUGUCUGCAUCGGAUGGUUCCUCCUCGUCAUGAUUAUCAAAGCUUGCGUCGUAUUUCCAAAACACGGCGUCGCAAAGCUCACUUACGCUACAUUUGGCUUCGGAUUUUUCUCUGCCGUUGCCAUGUACGGCCUCGCCUUCUCUCUUCCUGUCGUUGUUUUGCCAAUUAUCAGCUCAUACAACAAAGAUCUUAAGAAGAGGUCAAUUGUUUCCGCAGCCGCUUCAAUUGCAUGCUUCCUGAUUGUCGCCAUUCCAGCUGUCAUUGGCUACUUGAUGUUUGGAGACAACAUUCAGACAAUUAUAUUAAAUUCUUUCGAAGACAACGACGUUUUGAUUACAAUCACAAGAGCAACAUUCCUCGUUGUUGUUUGCUGCUCAUAUCCAUGCGUUGCACAGUCAAUCAAAGGCUCCUGGGGCCAGUUGUUGUUCGGCCAAAACGAUGCAACAAAGAUUGAUGGCUGGAGAAGAGUUGCCUUGUUCUUCAUAUUCAACUCAAUCGCUGUCAUCAUUGCUAUCUUCCUUCCAAACGCAGGACCAGUCCUCGCAAUCGGUGGUGCACUCGGCGGAACACUCGUCGACUUCGUCUACCCUCCAACAAUGUGGGUCAAGAUCUCGAAGAAGAAAUGGUACCACUGGCAGAACAUUCUCUGCUUGUUGCUCACUUUGUUUGGACUUGUAGCAACGGCAAUCUCAACAUACUUAGCUGUAGUGGAUGCUAUAGCAUUCCUAAAGCGAUCUAAGUAA